AUGGACGAGAUCCGUUGGUACGCCGCAAGGCUCGACCUCCCGCUGAUCGCCACCGCCGAAGGAGCCGUCAUCAUCCUCCGACUCGCCAUCAUCCACGACAGUCGUCUCUUCGUCCUCCGCAAGGAGCAAGCCGACAUCGCCGCCGCCAAGCAGUCAGCCAGGGACUUCGAGAACACCCUCGAGGAGGGUAUCCAGUUCGGCCUGGACAAGGCCCUCCAAGACAUCAAGGCCGCCAAGGAGGAGCGAGAGACCCAGAUGGCAGCCAUGGAGUGCGAGGAGCGGGAGCUGCGCCGACGACUGUCCGUGGCCUCGCUGCCGCUGGAGCUGUACCACCCGGAGGUUUAG